UUAGGCAACAUGGCGGACGACUUAGACGAUGAGUGGUGGAUGCCGAAAGAAAACAGCGAUAACAGUGAUUCAGAGAUAAAAAAGACAGGAAAAAAUGUUCAGAUAAAAAAUACAAAGAAGCGAAAAUCUGUACCUGAGAAAACUCAACCAGUGAUUCAGAAGAAAAGAAAGAGACGGAAAAUAACUGAUGCUUUGCAGCGUAAGAAACCAUGUGCAGCUGAUGCUGAUGAUUUCAAUAAAAUAUUGAAUAAAGAAGUUGAAAAUCAAGACUGUAGUUGAAAGAUCAGAACUGAUGUUAGAAGGUA